AUGUCAUCCGGUCCUAAGCUCGAUGAUCAAGCUGUGUUAAAGUGGCUUGAAGGGUUCCAUCAGGCCAGUGCUACGCUUGACGCCGAUCGAUGGCUUGACGAAUUCAUGACCGAAGACGUGGAGAUGCAAUAUGCAAACAGCCCAGUGAUCAAGGGCAGCGAGGUGCGGCAGAUGUUCAAAACGGUACUUGGCCAGCUGGACAUCAUGACCCACGAGGUUCGAUACUUUGAUUAUGUUGCACCGCGAAUCUAUCAAGCUGCGACUAUCCGAUACCUUGUCAAGGGUGACAACCAUGACACCGACGAAAUCACUAUACCCGGUUUUGCUGUGUUCUCUGUCCGGGAAGAUGAUGGCCGUAUCAAAUGCUACCGAGCAGAGACUUUCCUAGACCCAUCGGCAGUGUUUCAACGAAUUGCAGAAAAACCAAGCCAACCAUGA